AUGUGUUGCAGUAAGAGGGGUCUAUAUUGGCGAUGUGAAUCGGCAGUGAAGCAUUCUGGGGCUUCGUGUUACAGGCCUUAUAAGGGCCAGGGCCCCUGUGUCUCUGCUCACCGCUAUUCAUAGGCUGUCUGUCCCUUGCCCUCAGCAACUCUGCAGAGGUUCCACAGCACCUCACCCACCCACCAGCACCACCACAACCCCAGGGUGUUUGUCCUGAGAGCUGGGACCAGACAAGGAGAGACGGUAGUGAAGCCAGGGCUGACCGAGGAGAAGCGACCACGAGACGUCGGCUGGGAUAAAAGGAUAGCACGGGAGGACAAGGGCACCGAGCAGGAGGAGAAACCGCACAGCCAGCAGGAGUUGUUAGCAGGAGGAGUGUUGACGUUUAACCGAAGAUGAGUACGUACACAGUGACUCUGAAUGGCCCUGCUCCAUGGGGCUUCAGACUACAGGGAGGAAAGGACUUCAAUAUGCCACUCACCAUCUCCAGGAUAACUCCGGGCAGCAAGGCAGUGGGCGGCAGCUUGGCCCAGGGCGACAUCAUCUCAGCCAUUGACGGGGUCAGCACCGAGGGGAUGACACACCUGGAGGCCCAAAACAAGAUCAAGUCUGCCUCCACCAAACUGUCACUCACCAUGCUGAAAUCAAGACGUCCCGCACCAGUUCCCACAGCAACUCCAAGAAUGGACUCACCCAUGCCAGUCAUCCCCCACCAGAAGGUUAUCGCAAACACAGCUGCAAAUGUGGAGUACACUCCCAGCUUCAACCCCAUAGCUCUGAAAGACUCAGCCCUGUCUACCCACAAGCCCAUUGAGGUGAAGGGUCCGGGGGGAAAGGCAACCAUUGUUCACGCCCAGUACAACACACCAAUCAGCAUGUACUCACAGGAUGCCAUCAUGGAUGCCAUUGCAGGACAGUCGCAGGCCAAGGGACAUGACAGUGAGGAGGCGGGCUCCCCCUUGGCUGGAGCUCUGCCUGUUAAGGACCCUGUGGUAGACUGUGCAUCUCCGGUUUACCAGGCAGUGAUCAGACCAGGAGAGACAAACCAGGACAUGUCUGAAUGGGCUCGUCGUGCUGCCAACCUGCAGUCCAAGAGCUUCAGGAUCCUGGCCCACAUCACUGGCACUGAAUACCUGCAAGAUCCAGAUGAGGAAGCUCUGCAGAAGUCGAGAGAGAGGUUUGAGUCGGAGGUGAAAGGGCCCCGCUUUGCCAAGCUGAAGAACUGGCACCACGGACUGUCUGCACAGAUCCUCAAUGUCCAGGAAUAAAGAGAAGCAGGAGAGAAAGCGAGAGAGAGGACAUGUAAAGGAGGACAUGGACAAAAGCACAGGAGUUAAAAGGAAGAGGGAUAAAUUAUGGAGGGGAAAAGGAAAAAGAGCAGGAGGAGGCGGAAACUCCUCAGGAAUGCGAGAUAGUGUUGUAGGCUAGAUAAGCAGAAUGUGAGAUACUAACUGUUAGUGUGAGAAUGCAAUGUGUUCAUAAGCUCAAUAUUACCUGUCAAGUGUAUCUGUCCGCUGCUAAGACCUGAUCUCGCAUUUGGGUUUUUUCUUUCUUUCUUUUUUUCCUGUUUAUUUGGGUUUUAAAUGAAAGGGAAAUUGUACAAAAAAGUAUUCAAGUGAAAAUGCAGAGCUGAUGAUGUUUCUUGUAGUACAUUAACCACAUUCACAAAAGUAUGAAUUUUAACACUAAAAAAACAUGCUUGCGAGAAAGACAAACACACACACACAUAGAGAUUUACCUACAUGCACAAAUGCAAUAUGUAAAAAAAUGCACUCAAAAAUGUACUGAUUUCAAUGUGAAUAAAUGUUUUAUUAAAACCAUA